AUGCCACCGCCUCCACCAUCUCCUCCGCCAUCUACGUCUACCUCUCAACCGGUGUCCUCUUCACUUCCCUCUUCUUCUUCUUCUUCUUCUUCUUCUCAACCUGCCUUGGAAUUGCUCCCCUCCCCUCCAAAUAUACCCACCCGCGUCGCUCCAGAAGCCAGACUUUCUUCAUCCCCAUCAGCAUCGACACCAUAUUCAAUAGCAGCACCUACUCCUGCCAGUACAUCAGCAAAGCAUCCCGCUGUGGCCUCGAUCGCAUUUCCUACUGGACCAUCGUCUUCCACAUCUGCAUCGUCGUCGCCUUCUCGUCCACCGCCUCGGAUCAUACCAGGAUCGGCCACAUCCUCGGCUAGACAGAGUCGUUCCUCGUCUCCAGCACCAGCACCGCCCCUGAGAACCAUAUCCCAAGGUCCUUACUCCAAUCAACCUUGGCCACCUUCUGCAACGGCCAAUGUUAAUGCUACCGGUAGCGCCAUCUCCCAUUUGACCUCUUUGGAGCGACAACAGGCCACAGACAGCCCUAGAGAGCACAAGCGUUCCAGCUCGCUUGCUACUCUCAAGUCUUUCGCCUCGGCCUCUCAUCCCAAUCUACCGAGUACCGGCUCCUUGCAUCCAUCAUCCACAGCGAGCAGAGCUUCUACCCAAGCCAGCACUCCUCCAGCGACUGCCUCGAGUCCUUCGACAUCAGGACAGAUGCCAGCGCCCACUCAGCCUCCAUUUCAGCGGCCACAGGCCUACAGAUUCUCUCGCACCCAAUCAGCAGCGCCUCCACAUGUGCGCCCCACCGAUGCUCACGCCUCUCAAGAUCCCAACGCUCAUCCCUCCACCUCGCUCGAUGAUCUCGAGAAGGAGCGUCAAAGACUUAAGGCUGCCGCUGCUGCCAAGCUCGCAGAGCAGGAAGCUUGGGAGAAGACCCGCGGCGCAGGUAGUGCCGUUCUCGAUCUCCUUAGUCUUCCAGAUGCUUCAACAGGAGACACUGACGAUGAGCAUUCUAGUGGCUCAAACAGCAACGGGCGUCAGAGCCGUGCCACCACCCCCGGAUCCGCCUCGGGUUCCAGCAACAGCGCUUCAGGAAGCGGCAAUGGCCAUAGCAAUAGCAAUAGCCAAGCGAGCAGCUCCAGCUCCUCACGCACUCAGCGUAAGGUCAAGAAGCUCUCACGCACUUGGCAGGCUGCUCAUGUCCUCCCUUCGCUCCAAGAAGUGCAAGCGCGAAGAUAUGAAGCUGUCACUGUUACAUCUGCCGACAAGCUCCUCAGUAGAGGCAUCUCGGAAUAUACCCUUCUCCCCAAGAUCCUCGGUAGAGGCAAGUUUUCCAGCGUCUUCCUGGCAUCCAAACCUCAUGGCCCCACAGGAGAGCCUCGACUCUUUGCGAUCAAGCAUACCCCGCUCUUUCCGCAUCACCCUCUGAUCGCAACUCGCCUUCUCCGUGAGCCAACGCUUCUGGCAGAGCUGCCACCACAUCCAAACCUCGUCAAUGUCUACGAGACCAUUCGUACUCCUGGUCACUUUUACCUCGUCGAAGAGUAUCUAGACGGCUACGUCACGCUAGAGGCGCUUCUACCCAUGCGUUCCGAACAGUCACCACCACAUCACCCAAUAUUACCUACUGGUGUCGCCAACUGCGUCCUCGACCAGCUCCUCUCAGCAGUCCACGCCAUCCAUCAUCCCUUGCAGAUCUGCCAUCGUGACAUCAAACCGGAAAACAUUCUCGUUCGCCCCGAUACGCUGCAGCUCAAGCUCCUUGACUUCGGUUUGGCAACUCACUUCAGUCGCAGCGAGGCUAAGCUGUCCACUUGCUGCGGCAGUCCAGCCUUCCACUGCCCAGAGAUCGUCGCGGCACUUCGCAACCCAGUCGGCACUGUGCACUACUGGGGACCCGAGGUCGACGCUUGGACUUGUGGCAUCACUAUGCUUCGAUUGCUCACCGGUAUUCGAUACCCUAUCGGCGCUUCGCACACCAGCGUUCGUUCUAUGGCCAUUCGAGCUCAGCGUGCUGUCGCUACCAUCAAAGACCCCGAGCUUCGCGAUCGUGUCGGCAAGCUGCUCGAGAUCAACGGCGAACGCAGAAUGCGCAACUUUGAGGACCUAGUCAAGGCUCUCCAGACAUCGACCGACGAGCUUGAACGCGGACCAAAAGAGUUCAAGAGCACCACCUUCAUCCCUGUCGAGCCUCUGCACAAGAUGAAUCUACCACUUGUCGUGGGACCUGCAGCUGAAGCCGCGCUCACUUCUCCACUGCUGCCAAGCGGUGCCACUCCCACAGCUUCAAGGCGCGCAACACCCAUGAACUCGCGACCUACUUCCCCUACGCCAGGAGGCUGCGACGUCUCGGAUGCAAACCUGUCGCCAGCCCCCUCACUGCUCCUCAGCAAUCCGACACACCAACCUCCGCAGAGAGUCUUGUCCUACAUCAAGUACUGUCUUCGUUGCGCUGGCAUCUUGUACCAUUGUUGGCCUGACACCAGCUCCUCCUCCAGCUUGCCAUCGACGCCUGGCCCCUUCGAUGCGGCCUUUCAAGACUACAACAACAGCCAGAGCAACGUAGGCACGAGCGCUACUCCUCGCUCCGGCGAGACAUCAGCAUUCGCACAGUCAGCACAGUCUGAGGGCAUUGCUCCAGCCUCACUUUCGCCCAGCACGCCGUUCCCGAUCCAGGCAGCCCGUUCUGAGCGCGACCCUUACUCACACAUUCACAUAUUCGAGUGCGUACUUGAGAUCGUCGACCCGCCCGAACAUGCUGAGCAAGAGCCGCAAAGCUUCGUCCAGUCUAUCUUCAGCGCCCUCAGCUUCGGUCGACGCCCUACUAAUCGACGCAGCCGUUCGACACCGCCCAAGCCUGAGAACCUGCAACCAGCCGGAAUGCCUAGACCUCCCGGUACACCAGCAGACGCACCUGUGUCAGGGUCUGGAAGCGCUUCCGGCAAAUCUGGCCAAGUCAAAUGCCUGACUUUCUACCUCGUCCUUCGCUUCCCACGACGACCAUCAGGACACGUCAGCUUCGUCUUUAUGCGACCUUCGUACAACCGUGCUUCGAGUGUUGCCAGUCGGUCUCAUCGGGCUAGAUCUCGUGCCUCGUCCGCUGUCGGUGCUGAUCGCGAAAGUGGAGGUCUUCACCGCGAUGCCAGCACGGACAGUCUCACGCAUCUCAGCAAGCUUCACAGCAGUCACGCUGAGUUUGCAACGGGCAUCCAUCCACUCCGUAAAGCGAUGAUCGACUCGAACCACACAACGCCCCGUGCAAGCCGCACAUCGAGUCCUGCCCGCUCUUAUGGCAACCUCAAGAAACGCGAUGGAAGUUUUGCGCCGCAUCGACGCGAUGACAACAAGACAGAGCGCAGCAACAACCUCGGCCUCACUAUUGAGACCUCACCGGAGCUGCUUCGUAUCGAGAAGAAUCAAGAUUCAGCCCGCAACAGCCCCUCUCCUCACUCAGCACCCAACUCGAGGUCGACAAGCCGCGCGAGAUCUCGCAAGUCGAGCCGCGUCCGUGCUCCGAGCGGAUCGUACAGAGGGUCUGGCUCGAACAAGGUCUUUGUGCACAUCACCGAUGUGCGUGCGCUUGAGGCGGUCCGCAAGGCGCUCAGCAUUGGAGGCACUACAACCGACUACAACCCGGACCUCGAACCCGACUACGAGGAUCUGGACGGUCAGUGGGCGAACCCGGACCUGCGUAUACGCGAGAUGACGCUUGGAGAAGAGUCUGAUCCUGGGCCCAGUGGCAGCCUCGUCAACUCGAGGCAUCGACGUCCAACCUCAAACCGACGCAAGCCCCAUUCGCACCGCCAAAUCUCGGGCUUGACUGCUCCUGCUGCCGAAGAUCAGGACGCCGCCGAAGAUGGGAAGGAGACCAGCCGUGCAUCUCGACCCACAUGGGCCGACGUACCCGCUGGCUCGAUCAAACCACGCAACACCAUUUCGCAUGGCAGCGGCGAUCAGGAACAGUACACACGCGGUCGUCCUCUUGGGCCCGCCGGCAGCUUGACUGCAUCAUUGCAAUCGCAAACCCCGGCUACGGGUAUCGCAGUCCCUACGAGUACACCUCGUUUGCGUGCUUCAUCGAACCUCGCCUUUGCAGUGGUGCAAGAAGAGUCUUCGCCGUCGAACACUGAUCACUCCGUUUCGCAGUCCAAGACCAUGGUCGAUAUGCGUGAUCGAAGCAGUGCAGAAGAAUGCGCGACAAAGCAGCCAGAUGCAACAGCUGCUCCCACUGUCUCGAACCCAACCGGCUUCGAUUUGACUCAGGCAGUCGCAUCUCUUGCUGCCCUGACCGCCGGACUGCUGAAAGAGGACCCUGUCUCUAAAGUCGAAGAGCUCGAUUCUAGUGUCUCCGCCAUUGCAGCUUACUUGCUCCGCCUUCAAACGGAAGACGUAGCACGCUUCACACAGGAGCUUGAUACAUUGUCCUUUGACCUCUUCAAAGCGAUGUCUCCGCUUACAGGCCUCGUUGAGCGACUGUCUGGCUCGCCAGGCAAAGCUGCAUCUAUAGCUAGACGAGUAUUGUAUCUCCUGGGAGAGCACGCUUCUUCUCGAGAAGUGUACAUGGCGGUUGACAUGCGUUGUGGCGAGAUGUUGGAUGACGAAACUCGUUGCGUUGAGUUGUUGGGCGAAGAUAAUACCUGGAGCUCCGCAGCAGAAGCCAUCUUCUCAAUGCAUCUAUUGAACACUGUUCUACCGCGCAUUCGAACCAAGAAGCCUCAAGCCUUUUCGCAGGUGUUCGGACGCUUGCCACAAUGUCUCAUGCUCGGACUUGCUGCUCUCGCCGACGUAGCACCUGCAGCUUGCGAGAGCACAGCAGAAGAGGCGGUCAAGACGUGUUGCUCUACGGCACUGAUCGUGGUCGAUUGGGAGGCACAUUGUACCGGAACGUCGGAACACGAGCCCGUCAAAAAGACGUCACGAGAAGCACUCGGCCGCUUCCUUCAAGGUAUCACCGUCUGUCUGCCCUACCUUGCCGGUGCGAACUUGGCUUUGUCUGAAGAGUACUUCUUCGCACAGAAUCCACGAUACGCGUUGGGCCGAAAGGACGAGACAGGCAUUGUCAAGCGUAAUGAGGCGCUCUUUGCCGAGAUCUCAAAGACGCUUGCUUCGCUCGAGGUGGAUCUGGGUUCGAUCUGGGCGAAUGCUUUGGUAGGUAUGUCGCAUGCACCUGAAGACGAUGAUACGCGCGAGGCAUUGGCAGCUCUGGGUGUUGCUGGGUUCGUGCUGCAUGUUCAUCUGCUGCAUUCGGGAUAUGCUCGAGACCGUCCAUCGGAAUGGAAGGGUGUCAAGGUGCAAACGCAAUUAGAAGCAGCACUUCCAGCGAUUCUGCUUGUAGUGAGCGAGCAGACCAAAGCAGCGGCAUUACCAGAACUCGAAGAGGGCAAAGAGGAAGCACUCGCAGAUACCAGCCUACUUUGGCUGCAGUGGUGUCUAGGCGGGCUGCAGCAAGACGCAUCGGCAGAACAACGCAUCUUGCCUGUGGAACUGGCAGUGAGCUUGGCACAGUCGCUUGCUAUGCAAAGUGUCAUCUCACCGAGUCCACCAGCACGACUGAUCCGGUUCAAGCUGCUGACGGAUUUGCUUACUCACCAGAUGGAGAAAGCGGCUGCGUUGCAGGUAUUGGGUCAUCUGAUCUCAAGCUCUCCUUUUGCUCAGUUGCGUGCUGGAGGCGUUUCUAUCUUGCGUACGGCGAUGGCUGUCUGGCUGUCCCCGUUACGAAGGGAUGAUGACUCGGACGGCGUCCCUGUCGAAGAGCUCGUGGCUUUGCUGGAUCAGAUCUUUGUUCUGCCCAGCAACCUGCAGAUCGCUUCGGAGGAGGUAGAAGCAAAGGCAAACGGAUUGGUCGGAAUACUGGCAGAGGAAAGCGGCAAAUUCAACGAGCUUCUGUCGCUUCUCUUUUGGGUGAAGACACAGAGACGCUCAGGCAACCUUAAGGAACAUGGCAUGAUCAGCUCGGGCAAGUACAGGAACACGUUCGUAGAGCCACUGCAGAGGCUUGUUGAGCGCCUCGCUGCAGCACGAAAGUCGUCAACGGCUACAGACGGAGGGUCGGACGCAUCUCAGAAACAGCACUGGCAGCAAAUUGAGCUGCUUCAGAUCGCACUACAGCGCUUGGCCGAUUCUCAAAAUUAA